CCGACGACGACAUUUAGUGAUUCUUUCCUUUCUCUCUCUCUCUCUUGCUAGAAAAGUGUGGCGGAGAUGUGGGCGUUGUUGGUGGGAGUGAUGUGUGUGGGCGUGGUGGCUGGCCUGCCGCCCGCGUCCGUCCCUUACGAGACAUGCGACCCGACCUUGACCCCGAGUGAGUGCCAGCUGCGGAGGGCGGAGUGUGGGGUCAUCAACAGCAUCAUGCAACCCGCUGGAGGACCCAUCGUUUCUGUGGUUCGUUGUUCACAGGUGGUCGGUGUGGCUAUAAACCCAGCUGUCUUUUCGACUCUAGGUACAUCCUUCCUAGCCGGCGUCCCUCCCAGUCUGCCCGAUUACCUGCAGGCAGAUCCUACGUCCCUCGCCGCCCUCCGCUUCUGCGUCCUCAACUCGACCGGCCUCCUCCUCCCCGACGGGAAGAUCGACCGGCCACAGCUCCUUGCCAAGCUCGAUGCCCAGCUGUACUACGUGCCAACUGUGGCAGCGACUGUCAAGAAUGCUGUCAAGACCUGUCCGGAGCCUCAGGUGUUUAAGGUUCAACCCUUCAUCGCCUGCCUCAGGAGCGCCUGCCUGACCGCGCCCGUGCCCCUCCCCCUCAGCGCCGCAGAGGUCAACCCUCCCUCGCUGGACCUGACCCUCGCCAGCCUGCCCACCUCCAUGCCCCUCCCCGGCUACUGGGCCUUCUAGAACAUUCCAGAACAACGGGAGGGGGGGGGGGGGAGGAGGAGGAGGACAAGGACAAGGGGAUUAAGAUCUGUUCUUCGGCGUUUCGUUGGGGGGCUUUUUUGGAACAUUCUGGAAGAACGGAGGAGGAGGGAAAAGGGGGGUGUCUUUGUUCUUUGUUCUAGGUCUGAUGGGGCUUUCUCGAACCUUCCGGAAGAACGAGGGAGAAAUUGGUAACUUGUUCUACGAUGUCUGUUAGAACUUUUUAGGAUAUUCGAAAAUGAGGAAAAGGAGAAAUGUUCUUCGUUAUCUACUGGGCCUUUUAGAACAUUCCAGAAAAAAAUAGAUUAGAGGAAUUUGAUAUUUUUUUCCGUUUCUCUAUCUUUGGUUUACGUUUUUUUCUUCUCUUUUCUCUUAUAUGUUAUUUUUCUCUUUUUUUCUUCUUUCUUUCCUGUUUGUUUAUAUCUAUAAGAGACGGAACCGUUUCCAUGACGUCAUUAAAGAGCUCUGACGUCAUGAUUGCAUCACAGGACAUUGUGUUAUGACAUCAUCAAAAGGCAAUGGUCGACAGGCGGCAAAAUAUACAUUAGUAAAUAUAAAUAAAUAUUUUU